AUGGAUUGGUUUCACUGCAACCUGUGUUUCCGAAAAGAUGGGGCCCAUUUCUUUGUCACCAGCUGUGGCCAUAUUUUCUGUAAAAAGUGUUUGACUCUGGAAAAAUGUGCUAUUUGUGGAACUGCCUGCAAGUAUCUGGCUCUUUCUGAUAAUCUGAAACCUCAGGAGAAGAUGUACUUCAAAAGCCCUGUGGAGACAGCUUUGCAGUAUUUUAGUCACAUCUCUCAGGUGUGGAGUUUCCAGAAGAAGCAAACAGAUCUCCUCAUCGCCUUUUAUAAGCAUAGAAUUACCAAGUUAGAAGCAGCCACGCAGGAGGCACAGCAAACACUGACUAACCAGGACAAAGAGCUGUCAGUCUUAAGGAAAGAGAACAGAGAACUGAAGAAAUUGCUAGCCAUUCUAAAGGAAUCUCCAAGUUGGUACCAAGGAAGCAGGUCAACCACACCUCGACCAGUGGGCAUUACUUCUCCAUCACAGUCAGUUACUCCACGACCCAGUUCUCAGCAUAGCAGCCAAGUGGUCAGUCGGUCCUCCUCAGUGGAAUCUAUCCUUUAUAGAGGGGCUGGCUUUAGUAACUUGGAACAGGGAGCCAGAGCGCUGCAGGGAAGGAGCACUCCAAGAGACUCUUUUACUGAAACCCCUUCACCAGCUUCCACUCACAGCCUAUCUUAUAGACCUUCAUCUGCCUCGUCCGGACAGGGGAUUUUUUCUUUCAGACCAUCCCCCCUAAGUGGUGGGGAUUCAGGUCAAAUAGGAGUCCUCACCCCCAAUAAUUCAGAUCCCUAUGCUGCAGCAUUGCUGGGAGCUUAG